AUGAUUUCUAUCAUAAAUUUACCAGCCGAAACGCCAUCUGAAUAUUUCGCUACUGCGCCGCGAAGCCGCAGCACAUGUGAGGCACUGUUCUGGCAACAUAACAGACCAUCAAAUUACAAGGCAUACUUGCCGGAUGGAAGACGAAUCGGAUAUCCAAAUCCACCGGAUCCGAAUUUAUUAUGGCAAGAUGCGCUGCAGCGAUCGAUGAUGUACAAGCUGGAAGUUGACGGAACUAUUGCUUCACCGUCUCGUUCCUUCUCACUAGUGAUGCAGUUGGCAGUUGAUUGUCCAGCUGAGGAGAAAAACAGUUUGUUCUGGAAAAUACACGAUGAGCAUGAGCACCAUCGUUAUGCGAUUGCGACAUUCGUCAGGAAGACAAGUGAAAUGGUAGAAGAAGCAGGGCAAAUCUUUCUACGAAUAGAGCCCACAAGCAACAAGGAGUUAGCCGAAUUCAAAAAUGAGCGCCCAACCAAACUCGAGCUUCCCAUCAGCUGA